AGUUCUAUGAUCGUUCAGCAGUGAUACGCUACGUUACCUAUCUCAGAAGUGAACUUCGUUGUCCUACGAGUCUUGCGUUAGAUAAUCUCAGCGAGAAGCUACGACAUAAAAAGAGCACCAUGCAGAUUUUUGUAAAGACACUUACUGGCAAGACCAUUACCUUGGAAGUAGAGGCGUCUGAUACGAUUGAGAACGUCAAGGCUAAAAUCCAAGAUAAGGAAGGAAUUCCACCAGACCAGCAGAGAUUGAUCUUUGCUGGAAAACAGCUCGAAGACGGACGCACAUUGUCAGAUUACAACAUCCAGAAGGAAUCCACUUUGCAUUUGGUUCUUCGUCUACGUGGUGGCAUGCAAAUCUUUGUCAAAACUCUAACCGGCAAAACCAUUACCUUGGAAGUCGAAGCGUCCGAUACCAUUGAAAACGUCAAAGCCAAAAUUCAGGAUAAGGAAGGAAUUCCUCCAGACCAGCAGAGGUUGAUCUUUGCUGGAAAACAGCUCGAAGACGGACGCACAUUGUCAGACUACAAUAUCCAGAAAGAAUCAACUCUACAUUUGGUACUUCGUCUACGUGGUGGCAUGCAGAUCUUUGUCAAAACUCUCACCGGCAAAACAAUCACACUGGAAGUCGAGGCGUCUGACACAAUUGAAAACGUCAAGGCCAAAAUCCAAGAUAAAGAAGGAAUUCCUCCAGACCAGCAGAGGUUGAUCUUUGCUGGAAAACAGCUCGAAGACGGACGCACAUUGUCAGAUUACAACAUACAGAAAGAAUCAACUCUACAUUUGGUACUUCGUCUACGUGGUGGCAUGCAGAUCUUUGUCAAAACUCUAACCGGCAAAACAAUCACAUUGGAAGUCGAGGCGUCUGACACAAUUGAAAACGUCAAGGCCAAAAUCCAAGAUAAAGAAGGAAUUCCUCCAGAUCAGCAGAGGUUGAUCUUUGCUGGUAAACAACUCGAAGACGGACGCACAUUGUCAGACUACAAUAUCCAAAAGGAAUCUACUUUACAUUUGGUUCUUCGUCUACGUGGUGGCAUGCAGAUCUUUGUCAAAACUCUAACCGGCAAAACAAUCACAUUGGAAGUCGAGGCGUCCGACACAAUUGAGAACGUUAAGGCCAAAAUUCAGGAUAAGGAAGGAAUUCCUCCAGAUCAGCAAAGAUUGAUCUUUGCUGGUAAACAGCUCGAAGACGGACGCACAUUGUCAGACUACAAUAUCCAAAAGGAAUCNACUNUNCAUUUGGUUCUUCGUNUNCGUGGNGGNAUGCAGAUCUUNGUCAAAACUCUNACCGGNAAAACAAUCACANUGGAAGUCGAGGCGUCCGACACAAUUGAGAACGUUAAGGCCAAAAUUCAGGAUAAGGAAGGAAUUCCUCCAGAUCAGCAAAGAUUGAUCUUCGCCGGAAAGCAGCUCGAGGACGGACGCACAUUGUCGGACUACAACAUCCAGAAGGAAUCUACUUUGCAUUUAGUCUUGAGGCUUCGUGGAGGUAUGCAAAUAUUCGUCAAGACACUCACAGGUAAAACCAUCACUCUGGAGGUCGAAGCGUCGGACACCAUCGAGAAUGUCAAAGCCAAAAUACAGGAUAAAGAAGGAAUUCCUCCGGAUCAGCAGAGAUUGAUCUUCGCCGGAAAGCAGCUCGAGGACGGACGCACACUGUCGGACUACAACAUCCAGAAAGAAUCAACUCUACAUUUGGUACUUCGUCUACGUGGUGGCAUGCAGAUCUUUGUCAAAACCCUCACCGGCAAAACAAUCACAUUGGAAGUCGAGGCGUCUGACACUAUUGAGAACGUCAAGGCCAAAAUACAGGAUAAAGAAGGAAUUCCUCCGGACCAACAGAGAUUGAUCUUCGCCGGAAAGCAGCUCGAGGACGGACGCACACUGUCGGACUACAAUAUACAGAAAGAAUCCACUCUGCAUUUAGUUCUGCGACUUCGUGGUGGAAAGUAGUAGAGAUUUUUUCAAAAUUCAGCGACACACAUGCGUGAUGAUAUAAAAUGUCGUUUAUACUUCUCUCCUUUUUUAUUACUUUCGUAUAAACUCGAUGGUUUUAUUUUCUACUAAGUACAAAAAAUGUUUAUUGACGAGAUGUAUAUAUCAAAAUCUUUAGGAUACAGCAGGAUAAUUUAAUUACUUCUAUCAAAACAGAUAAACAUGUAUUAUAUAGAAGUAAUAGAAUUUAUAUAGUGUACUCACUUCUCGGCGCUACGAAAUUUAUAUUUAUUUAGUACAAAAAAUAUUUUGCGAAUAAUAAUGAUUGUGAUAAUUUUAUCCUGUUAACAAAGAGUAUUGUAAUAUAUAACAGAAGAGAGUAACCAGUGAAUAAAGAGGAAGUUUAAUAGCAA